CGGAUCGCUUCAUUUUGAGGCAGACGUCUGCUCUCUGUCCUUCGAGUGGCAGUUCAUUACCUUUCUACAGCGAAACAUUAUCACUUUAUUUCCAUGUCUCCGACAUAUCUAACUCCGCAGCAUAUCGAAAUGUACGGUGAAGUGUUCAUGUAGUAUUCGUUGCAACCGUAGACACCAUUCACGUGCCAGACGAAGACCUAUCUCCAUCGACAUUGACUUCAAACACCUCGUGGACGACGAGCAUCGACGAAAAAAAAGGCUCUAGAAAACAUUCAUUAGAACAUGGAGCAGAAACGCUUGUACAAAGUGGUACUCACUGGAGCAUUCAAAUUUCAAGAGAACCUGCUGCGCACGAUGAUACAAAUAGAGAACACGUUCUUCCAGCUGGGCGAGAGCUGUUCGAGAAAUUGUCUCAUCAUCUGUGACCGUGGUGCCAUGGAUGCCUCUGCAUUUAUAUCGAAGGACAAGUGGGAGUUGAUGAUGGCCUCGAACGGAUGGAACAACGUCGAACUGCGAGACAACAGAUACAAUCAAAUCAUCCACAUGGUUUCGGCGGCAAACGGUGCCGAGGAGUUCUACUCGACGGAAGAACACGCGUGUCGGUCGGAAGGCGUUGAUAUGGCCAGAGAACUCGAUUACAAAGCGGCCGCAGCCUGGGUUGGCCAUCCUUACUUCGACGUGAUAGACAACUCGCAAGACUUCGAGUCGAAAAUCUGUCGCAUGAUCGAAUGCGUGUGCCAGAAGCUGGGCAUCGAUACCGGGGACAGAUUGAGGGCGAGUAGCAGAAAGGUCAAGUUCCUCGUCAAAUGUCCACUGCCGGCGGACUCUGAGUUCCCGCCGUUCCAGGACUUUGACGUCGUCCAUAACUACCUCCAAAGUAACAAUCCGAAGAUGCAAGCUCGUCUUCGCAAACGUGGCCAAAAAGGUCACUGGUCUUACAUUCAUACGAUCCGACGUCCGAAAAUGUGCGGCCAGGUGAUCGAAGUUAAAACGCAACUGACACAUCGGGAUUACCUGAACAUGCUCGCUCAACGCGACGACUCGCAUUUUACCAUCUUCAAGCGUCGACGUUGCUUCCUAAUCAACAAUCAGUAUUUCCAAUUAGAUAUAUACAGAGAACCAGCUCAUCCAAGGUGCCGGGGAUUGAUGCUGCUUGAAACGUACACAGCAUUAUCAGGGGACGAGCUUAAAAACAUAUUACCACAGUUCCUGACAAUCGAAAAAGAAGUCACUGGAAAUCCAGAUUACAGCAUGUUCAAUCUCAGUCUAAGAGAAGAGUGGAACAAUACUAACAAAUACUGCCAUAAUUUACAUGAUUACGCUCUUGCUGGCUUGACGGAAAGUGGCUCGACAGAAACUAAAAGUACUUACACUUCGGAAACAAAAGACGCAUCAGUUAAAAAAAUAGUAAACGGGGUUGAUUGUUAUAGAGUCAAUGGUGUAGAUAAAAUCAUAAAUGGCGUACAAAAUGGUGUCCACGGUGUUACGAAUGGUAACGUGAAAUUUGUCGAACAGAAUAGUAUAAAAAGCAAUAGUCAAGAACGUGGUAGCCCUACGAAACACUGAACGAUAAUUUUUGAAACAAAAAUGUACGAAAGGAUGUAACGAGUUUCGAAAUGAUGUGAAAACAUGACGGUAAAUAUAUAUUAGGCAAUGAUAAGGGACAAAUUAUCUAAGUAACUCUAAAAAGAAACAAAAUAUUUUAUUGGCACUGACAAUUAACUUGAUCUAAAAAUUUCUUAGGCAAUACGAAAAUGAUAAACUUACAAACUAUGAUACCUAUUUUUUAAUUCUUGCGUGCACACUUUGGAGGUACCUACGCGAAAUGUACUUAAUAAUUCGACUGUAACUUAUUUUUUACCGAUCUGUUUAACAAGCGAUGUCGAUUAAUGUACCAAGCAUUUUUACAUCUAAAUCACUUCAUUUCACUUUUCAUCUGUUUUCUUCGUUGUAUUUUACCUACAGUAACAAUUCUUUAUUUUAAAAAAUUACUAUAAAUAAUUGUGAUACAAAAUAUUACAUAACACAUAGCAUACAAAACACGCAUUGAGCUAUGUAAUUAUUCAUGAACAAACAAUGUCUGUAUGAAGUAUAUUUUUCUUUAGAAAUGUUUAAUGUCUUGAUAGAAAAUAUGCUGCACUAAUAUGGACAAUUUUAAAUUUAUAAAUUGUACUGUAGAUGAAAAACUUUGGUCCCUACUAUAGAUAUAAAUUUUGUAAGUAAUCAUUAGUGACCUCUUAUAAAAUGCUGAGAUAAAUCUAAUAUUUUAUUUGUCUUUGAAUGAAUAUCGUCGAAUAAUUAUGAAAAGUAUGGUUCAACGAUUGUACUGUUCUACAGUAUUGUCAGAAUUAUGUAUUAUAGUCGUGACAAGGUAAUUGUCGACUAGUACUUAACAGGUAUAUCCAUAAAAGUUUAAUCUAUAAAAAGUUUGAAAUACUUUAAUUUAUUGGAAAUACUGUUGGGUUAAAUAAAAAUAUCGAUUUCUGAGUUGUAGUGUCCCUUAUGUAAAGAACGUUAAUUUUAUUAUUUAAUUUACCAAUAAAAAUUGUUUCAUCAUUGAACAUAACUUAAUGAACAUAAACUGUGAUGGUUAUAUAUAUGCAUAUAUAUAUGCUUAUUUUACAUAAAAGCUAUCAUAUUUAUCAUAAAUUUUAUCAUUAUUUAGAGACAAAGUGCCUGUGAGAUGUUCGGUCGCAGAAGUGAAAAGAAUGAUAUAUAAAUAUAUAUUUUCAAUGAAAGAUGCAAUAAUCAGUUAUCAAUGCAGUUAUACCAUAUAUAAUUGAUCUGAAUUCAUAUUGUAUCCAUGAUUAUCUAAUAAAAUGUCAUGUGCCUAUCAUUUUUCGUUCAUUUCCUGCUUCUUGCACAAGCUUUUGUGCUUCUUCCUUCUUCUAUUCUUUUAAAUUAUUAAGUUGUACUAAAUAAUUUAUUAUCGUGUUGCUUUCAGAUUAAAACUUAUAUUCAUUUUCAUAUGGUACAGCUAGGAGAAGGAUAAAAAUCAAUAACAUCUUGGUCAUGUAAUUUAUUGCUAUUUUUCGAAAAAUUCUUUUUCGUAAACUUAUAAAAUAAAAAAGAAAUCUUAUAAACCUGUGUUUGUGUUACAUUCUUCGACAAUAUUUUCGGAUUUUGCAUUCGUUUUAACAAAUUUAUCCCUUUUGUAUUUAGUAUAUUGCUGAAGUUUAAUGAAGUAAAUAUAUUAUAACAUAUGAAGCAGAUAUAAUACAUACUAAACAAAAAAAUUUUAAUAAUAAAAUACUGAAGUAGAUAAAUCGCACGAAGACAAAAUUAAUUAAUAUUACAUUAUUGAAAUCAGAAAUAAUAAAUAUUUCAUAUUUUGUUUUCCCAUGUAGAAUUAUAAAGCCCUCUUUUAUACCUUAAAUAUUAUGUAAAAAGUAAUGCAUAAUGGAAGCGUAAUUGUAGUUUCUUUUCUUUUUUUUGGUAUACCAUUGUUAUAAUAUUUCUAAAUUACAUUCUAGAUUAAAUAGCUUAUUGAGAAAAAAUAUUGACAAUAUUGUACAUAACUCACAUAAUUCUUUCUUUACAUACAUCACUUUUACAUAGAUAUUUUUAUAUAUAGUCUGUACAUUAAACAGUAUCUAAAAAAUUUUUAGUAAAGCUGCAGCAAUAUUUUAUAUAAUAUUUAGAUAGAAUAAUUAUUUUUGACUAUUUUUGUAAAUAUUUCAGAAUUCAGAUACAGCAAAACUUUCAAAUAACUACUUCUUUCUAAUGAAAGAGAAACAAAUAGUAGUUAGUAGUGAGAAGACAUGUUUCAUCUUGGGCAAGUUGAAAAUACCAAGUAUAAAUAGAAAUAUAUUUAUAAAACUAUUUGCAUGCAAGACAAUGAAUUAUGAUCCACUUAUACAGGUCCCUGGAAGUAUUAAUUAUACAAUUAAACUCUAUAUUUUUUAUAUACAUAACAAACAUUUCUUUUUAUAAAUAUUGAGUAAUAUUUAAAUAAUUCUGAAACUUUCAAUUCAAUUAGAAAUAGGCAUAAUCUGCACGUGUCAUUUUAUUGGAAGCAUAUUUGUUCUAUUCUUUUCUCUUUUGUUCAUAUAAAGAAAUGAUUAAUCUUUUAUACUGUUUUCUGCUUUUUGAUUACAUUUUUUAUAAAAUUUUUUAUAAAAUGUAAUCAAAAUGUAAUCAAUUCCAUUUACAGAAAUUCAUUUGAGUUAUAAAGCAUAUAAAUCAUAAAUUAUUCCCAUCUCAGAGCAGCUAAUAUGUUAACAUUUGACACAGUUACAUUUACCUACUAAUAGCUUUAGCUUGUUGUGCUUUGUACAUUUUUAAAACUUUCUUACUAGGUAUUAGAGACUGACUUAAUCCUGGCCUCUUUUUACGUCUAUUCAUUUGAUUAUUUUCUUGAUCUAUUUCAUCAUCAUCAUUGAUGGAAACUUGACCAUUAUAUUGAGUCUGACAAAUAACCGUUUCCUGUGGUGUUCUAAUUGCCUCUAACUCAGCUGCUGUACGAUGUAAAUCAGAAUCAUGUGCAAAGGUGCAAUUAUGGCCAAACCGGCAUCUACCUUUUCUAUAAUUCCAACAAAUCUUUCUGCCAUUUAUCAUUUUCGUAUCAUCAAGAGUUGGUGUCAUUUUCACAUGUUUCUCAAGAAUUGCACUCUUUGCUUUUUCUGCCUCAACAAAUGGAUUUGAGAAGACUGAAGUUUUCAUUGUGGGUAUGCCAUUAAAGUCUGGAGUUGGUAAUGGAAGUUUCUCUUUGGAAGCUGUUUUACACAUUUCAUUGUUUUCAUCAUUCUCUUCUUCAUCCUCUUCUUCCUCUUCCUUCAAACUAAGGACAACGAAAGCUUACGUGUUAUUGACACCGUCUGAAAUAUCAUCGCCGCUACUUUCCGAACUCGAGGAAGUUCCAUAAUCCGCAACUAAGGAAGCCAUCGUUCUUACCAAUUAAUUAACAAUAUACUUUAACAAACACUAAUCUAAUAUAACCAUUAUAAACAGUUAUGCCUCUGUCUACAUUCACAAAAUACGGCAACGCUGCAAAGCUAACGUCACCGGAAGUUAUUGAUGGCAUUCUUGUAUUUUUGAAAUUUGCGGUAAAC